AUGGCGAGCGCAGCUCCCGCUGAGAACUUGGACCGUGAGUUGACCUGCUCAAUCUGCCUGGACACGUUUGACUGCCCCUCCACGCUGAGCUGCGGCCACUCGUUCUGCCUCCAUUGCUUGGAGGACGCCUGGAAGGAGACAGACUCCUACUGCUGCCCGCAGUGCCGCAAGACCUUCCCUCGACGACCCCAGCUGACCAGGAACGUGACGAUCGCCAACCUCAUAGAACAGCUGCGAGUGACUGAGACCAUGGUUGCUGCUGCUGCUGGCGGUAUUGUUUUCUGUGACAACUGCCCAAAAGGCAAGACGUCUGCAGUGAAGACCUGCCUCAAGUGUGAGAUGUCCUUCUGCAGGAAGCACCUCGCGCCUCACCUGGAGAGAGCGAAGUUGAAGGACCACGUCCUGGUUUCACCAGAUGUGAACCCUGAAGAACGCAAGUGCAAGAGGCACAAACAGGAGCUCAUAUUCUACUGCAAGCAAGACGUGAGCCUCGUGUGCACAGUCUGCGCUUUCACUGGAAAACAUCGAGGGCAUGAUGUUGACACGCUGGAGAACGAGCAUAAGACACGGAAGGGUAGAGUCGGUGAGGAGAUGCGAGCAGUGGAGAAGGACAGGGAAAAGGCGGAGGCGUCCGUGGGACAGAAGAAGGCCAUUUACAAGGACGUGCAGGAUUGCAUGGUCCAGACCAAGGCUCGCAUCUCAGGCGAGUUCACCCACAUGAGGGAGAUGCUGAUUGAGGAUGAGAGGGCAACUCUGGAUCGCGUGGACAUGAAGUGGCGCGAGCUGCUGUCCCAGAUCGAGGAGAACAUCGCUCAUUACGAAUACGAAAUCAGCGAGCUCCGGGCAGCAGCCACGCGCCUGCGCACUCUGCAGGAGGAGAGGGACUCGCUCACGUUCCUGCAGGUGCACCUUAAGGAGACAAACCGGAGAGAGGCUCAGAAGGGAUCUCCACCCUCAUCUCCCAGCAAAAACGAUAUCGCCUCUAUCAGCACCCUGCAGGGAGCUGUGGUCAACCUGUUGGCAUUCAUGUACGGACGCUCGCCGACUGUGGACCCAAACUCGGCCCAAAACGACCUCCAGAUUUCCUCGGACCUCAGGACGGUGACACGGACCGCUGUCUCCCAGGGUCGCCCCGAUCACCCACACCGCUUUGAUGGCUAUACACAAGCCCUAUACUCCGAGAGCUUUUCGUCUGGUCAGCACUACUGGGAGGUGGACGUGGGGGGUGCAGCGGGGAGCUGUGCGGUUGGAGUCGCGUACGGGACGAUCGCACGGAAAGGGAGUGGUAAAGAGUGCGGGCUGGGACACAACGACUCAUCCUGGGUUUUAUAUAAAAAUAACAACAGCUGCUACGUGAUUCAUGGUGAUGUAUUGACCUCAGUGCCGGUGAGGGAUCCUCCCCGGAGAGUCGGGUGUCACCUGCACUGGGAGGCGGGGCUGCUGUCGUUCUACCGCGCCGACUCCAUGGAGCUGCUGCACUCCGUCCACCACUCGUUUAGUCAACCGCUCUACCCCGCACUGUAUGUGGGUGGUGUUGUUGGUGACUCAGUGAGGAUUCUGGAUCUGAGUCGUGCGUCCUGAGAGCACGGAGUGUGAGCAGCGCAGAGAAACGGGCACAACGCUCAGACUCGUGCACUCAAAGACACAGAUCCCCCGUGUAGCCUUAACAUGCUGUAGGGGGAAGGGCUGGUACAGAGCACCUAUGAAGGCCAGCACGGCACACAGGAGGGUGGGGGGCCAACACCAUGCCCGGCCGCCUUUGUCUUCCCAGUGUUGACGUUUACACACCGCACCAGUGAAUCAUGUGAGGCUGAGUCGACCUAGGGGAUGCCCAUGACCGGUUUACAAACACCAUUGAUAGCGAUUAUUUGAAUCGGUCUUGGGUCUCGCCUAGGUCGGCUCAGCCUCAAAUGAGAACCUGCUGCGGUGUGUAAACAUCGCCACUGGGGAGACAAAGGCGGGUCAGGCGUGGUGCUGGCCACUAACCCUCUCUCUCUUGUGCUGUGGCGGCCUUCAUAGGUGGUGGUUAACAGCACUUGCCCCAACAGUAUUUUAAGGCUAU